AUGAAGUUGGAUCCUCUGAUAACUCAAGAGCAAAGAGACUAAUCUCGCAGAAAGGAUAGAUAACUAGAAAUAAGAUCUGUCAAUGAGCAGAAAUAGAGAUUCAAGGAAAUACUUAAGAGCCUUCAAAACUAAAAAUCAUCUAUCAUCAUCAAAGAAUUCUCCAAGCACUUCCCUGAUAAUAAACAUAUCCUCAAUGCCAGCAUAGAAGAUUUAGAGUAGGAAACAAGAAGAACUUUGAAUUAGAGAAGAAAUCUACAAAACCAGGUGCAAUUGAAUACUGCUAUUUCUAGAAAUGAUGCAAAUCCAAAUCAGAUGAAUUAGACAAUGUCUUACAAAUCAAAGAAAGCUCAAGCGUACGAAAAAUACGAAGAUCUACUUCUUCCUCCUUUAUAAAAAAUAUAAUACGAUACCACAAAUGGCUAUCAAUAGUACUUCCAUGAUUACUUCAGCAAUAAAACUGACUUCAAGCAAAUAAAGUAAAGUUUGAAUGCUGAAGAGCCUAUUGACAUCUAAGAUUUAAGCUACAAAGAGAUGGCCAAGUAUAAGGUGCUUAAAGAGAACAAAGGGAAUAAAGAGGGGCUAUAGAAAUUCUAGUUGCUAAACUUAAGGUAGGAGAAAGAUUUCAGUGAGUUGGAUAUUAUUACUGAAAAGUCAAGACUUAAAAUGCUCAACUAAAUGAAAGAAGAUGCUAAAUUGCCAGACUAUAAAGAUACUAAUUUGCUUACAAUAGGCAGAAAGCCUGUCUAAAACGAUGAAAUAUCUAGCAAAAUGUCUUUAAGCGAAAAAGUGUUUGAGGAUGAGCAGAUGUCUUAUGCAUUAAUCAAAGAUGAGUAAGGUCUCGGAUUGUCAGAGAAGGCUGACGAGGAGAUUGACUCAGAUUUGAAUGAGUAUUGGGAAGAUGAGCAUGAGGAUGACUUUAAGGGCAAGGACAAGUUCAUGACGAAGCUGGAAACUUACCUUAGGGCUCAUUCCUAGAGAUUAUCAACGCAUGUUUAGGAAUACCUGAGUAAGAAUGUGCAGUUUACAUCUAAGCUGAAAGCAAGAGACACGAUUAAUAAAGUCUUUGAAAAUAUCAAGCGCAUGUAUAUUGGCGAGAUAGAACAGCUUAUGACUUAAUUCGGAUUGAUGCGGUCCUAGUGGGAUUCAAUGAGUAAGGAAUUGAAAAAUGCUAAGAAAAUUUGUAAAGAGUAAGAGUAGUAAAUCACCUAGAGAGAUCUGCUGUUUUCAGUCAUACCUAGCAAAUAUAUUGAUUUAGUAGAGGAUCUAACAAUCAUCAAGUAGGAUGAAAAUGAGAGGGCAGUAGAACUAGUCUCAGAUGCCGAAAUAUAUGCUCAUAACACUUUGCUUAAAGAACCAAUGUCCUUUUACGCAGGAUACAUACAGCUAUCUAUGAACUGUAAAGACGAGAUAAUAGAGUCAAAUUUGGUGUAAAACUACCUCAAAAGAGUGGCUUUGCUCAAGGAGGAGUUGUUUUACAAGUAGAAUGAGAACCAGGCACUUCAAACUGUCAUUGAAGUUUAUAUUAAGAACUUUGAGAAUAUGAAUAAUCAAAUCAGUCAUUUGGAGACAAAUCUGCGAAUCAAGAUAAACGAAGCUGAAAAAGAGCAAAAGCGUUUUGAAGCCAAGUUUAGGGAAGUCUACGAUGACUAUAAUCGCAAGUACUCUGAGAUAAAGAACGAGUAUGUGAACUACAAGAGCCUAUCAGAUUUACAAAUGUCUGUGCAGGAGGCGAGCAUUGCACAGCUAACUAAACUAAAUAAUAAGAUGCAGGAUGAUAUGCAUCUAAUGGGGCUUGCAAUUAAGAUUCCUAAAUUCAGACAUGAACUUAAUGCUUUUGAUCUUAAAAAUGCAACUCAUGAUGAAAUGGUAGCCUAGAUUCAAGAAGUGAUCAGAGCUUCAAAGGCUGGUUCAAAGCUUCUAAAUAUCAUUCCUUCAGCCCUAGGUGACCAUAGCUCAAACUCCUUGGUGAAUUUCUCAAUUAAAUCGAAGAGGCAAGAUAAAAAGGAUUCUCCCACACACUUUGAUAAAUAUCUUAACAACUCUUCAGAGAUGCUAAUCUAUAACAAUGAUAAAGACUCUUAAAUGGGUAUAUUGUCUCAGAAAGCACUCUUCAUUGCCAAGAAUGACUUUGAUUCUAUUAAGAAUAUAGCAAGAAAUAACAGUCAGCUGGAUCAUAUGCCACAAAGCUCACUUUCUUAGUUGGAUAACAUUGGCAAAAAGCUCUCAGACUCAUAUACUGUUGACGAGUUGGUGGAUUCUUAACAGAUGUUAAUGACUUAGCGAAAGGAGAAGCAUUUCGACCUUAUAAAGACCAUAGAUGAUCCAAGGACUCGAAGACUUAUUUAAACCAUCACUAAGCAAUAGGACUAAAGGAAUCAGCAGUAGUAGUAGUAAUAGUCUGCACAAAAAUCACCAAUGGUAUCUACACAGGUUGACACCUCAUUCAGGAAUUCAUCUAGAAAUGUUACACUCAAUAGAGCAUUGUUUAAACAGACUAGCACUUAGCGAUCUAACUCGAAUGAUCUACAGAUGACUAUGAACAGCUCAGUCUUGAUGGAGAAUGGCAUGAAUUUUACCUUAGGAGGUAACUUUGGAUUUAUGGAUAGCAGUAUUGCCACUAGGGAUAAUAAUUAGUAGAAAUUUAUUGGGUAAAGUAAAAGGGUUUAGCAAGUGAAGAGUAAGAAGAUAAGGAUAACUAACUAGUCUUUUAAUUGA